AUGAGGCGCUCGGCGUGCUUAUUACUCGCACUGCUGCUGUCGGAUCCGAACGAGGAUCAACGAUGCGCCGGCAUGUAUAGCAAGAGCUCGUGGGGCGGGCCCGUCGACCCCUUCAUCCACGUCAAGUUCACCGACGUCGGCAAGGACAAGGGCGACGACCCCGUCGUCAGCCUGCUCAUCUUCGACUGGAUGGACCAGGACUUUCUCGACGUAAUCCCGGACGACCCGGAAAGAGCCCAUAUAUGCAAUCAGGACUAUGUCGACGCCGGAAUGUGCAACAAGACCGACAUUGGCGAGUUCAUGGUCUCGCCCAACGCCACCGCACAGUCGAGAAACGUCAUCUUGACCAAGGCCAUCCACCUGAGAGACUCGACCCCGAUCAAGUACCCCAUCCCUAAGACGGGCUACUUUUGCGUCGUCACCGAGCGGUUCACGGCCGAGACCUUCGAGGCCAUCGUCGAGUUCCGCAACGCCUACGGCGAGCUCCCUGCCACCCAGAUCCCGAAGCUCCCGUUUUAUGGGGGAAUAACGAUUGCCUAUGCGCUGGUGCUGGUGUUCUGGGGCUUCCUCUACUUCCAGCAUCGGACCGACAUCUUGGCCGUGCAAAACUACAUCACAGCUAUCCUCAUUUUCCUCGUGAUUGAAAUGCUGAUGACUUGGGGUUUCUAUGACUACCUCAACAGGCACGGGUCCAACAUUGGAUCCCAGGUGCUGCUCGUUGUCGUGGCCGUGCUCAACGCCGCCCGCAAUUCGUUCUCCUUCUUCCUCCUCCUGAUCGUCUGCAUGGGCUACGGCGUGGUCAAGCCGACACUGGGGCGCACCAUGAUCUAUGUCCGGUGGCUCGCCAUCGCCCACUUCGUCUUUGGCAUCGUUUACGCCAUCACCAGCCUGGUCGUCAACCCGGACACGGCGGGGCCCUUUGUCCUGCUCAUCGUGCUCCCCCUGGCCGGCACGUUGACGACCUUUUAUGUCUGGACCCUCAACUCGCUCAACUUCACACUCAAGGACCUCCGCGAGCGCAAGCAGCACGCCAAGGAGGCCAUGUACCGCAAGCUGUGGUGGUGCAUCCUGCUGUCGAUUAUCGUCAUUUUUGCCUUCUUCUUCUUUAAUUCCUUCUCUUUCGCCUCGGCCCGCGACCCGGACUAUGUCCCCUUCCACUGGAAGACGCGCUGGUUCGUGCUCGACGGCUGGCUCAACCUCGUCUACUUUUCCGAUGUCGCCUUCAUCGCGUACGUCUGGCGCCCCACGGCGAAUAACCGGCGCUUUGCCAUGAGCGACGAGAUUGCGCAGGAGGAUGACGGGACGUUUGAGAUUGCCAACCUUGAUAUUGGCAACCCGGACGAGUCGGAUGACGAAGAUGAUGAGGAGGCUAGGGUGGGGAGCGCUAAGAAGACGACCGGGAAUGGUGCUUCGUCGUCGCGGGGGGCGGGUGGUAGUAGUGCUGCUGCUGCUCAGACUGGUGCGGAGAGUAGGCAACAACAAUCGCAACAGCGACAGCCAGCGCAGCAAGUUUCUUCGCAGCGGCCGCCGCAGCCGCGGGAGUCGCUGGACGGCGAGACGAUCUUUGCCGUGGGCGAGGACGGGGACAAGUUUUCGGAUGAUGAGAGUGGGGAGGAGUCGGGGCUUGUAAGGGGGAGGAAAUAG